AUGGUUUUCCAGCCCGACGUCGGUCCCACUGGUGGUCUGCGCUCCCAGGCCCGCCCCGAAAACAAGGAACUUUCACCUGCAAUGUUCGACACAGUCUCCAACUUUUCCCGCUCUCUCUGUCGCUCCCAUGUCCCCAACGACUGUGUUGCACUUGCCGAAUCAACUCCCGAAUUUGUCUAUACACUCAAGAGCCCAAUGGUCCGGCCAAAUUCCUUGCCGUCGUCCACGACGUUUUAUGAAUUGGUUGGCGAGAGUGGCCCAGACGUCAAUGCCGGUGAUCGUUGGGUAGGAUUUGCGAUUAGAGCCAUGUUUGCCCGAUUUUGGGCCCUCGCAAAGCGUGCCGACUCUGCAGACAUUUUGAUCGUACUCGCAGGUUAUAUCGUCAUGCACAUGACUUUUGUCAACUUGUUUCUCAAGGCCAGGAAGCUUGGCUCAAACUUCUGGCUUGCCUCUACCAUUCUCAUCUCGAGCACCUUUGCGUUUGUUAUUUCGCUGCCCCUCUCACUACUGCUCGGCAUCCCCCUCGAUCCUGUUGCCCUCACCGAAGCACUACCCUUCCUCGUCAUAACCGUUGGAUUUGACAAGCCCCUUCGCAUCGCUCGUGCCGUCUUCUCGCACCCUAGUUUUACACCCAUCUCGGGGAUCAUAACUCCUGCCAGACGCGCCUCUGCAUCAUCUCCUACUCCAUCUGCACUCAAGCCAAGCUCGAGUUCGGCCAAGACGGCUGCUCAAGUCGUUCGGGAAGCUGUCGAUUCGGUAGGACCUGGUGUUGUCCGUGACUAUGCCAUAGAAAUUGCUGUACUCGGACUCGGAGCUGCGAGCGGUGUAGGCGGCUUGAAGGAGUUCUGCGCCCUUGCUGCAUUGAUUCUCGCUUGCGACUGUGCUGCGCUUUUCACUUUUUACGUGGCCAUCCUGAACGUCAUGACCGAGGUCAACCGCAUCAAGACUUUGAGGAAAGCGCAUUCGAAUACUCUAUUUGGUGUCAAGGGAUCUGGCGCUGAUGAGGUCGAGAGUCCUGCUGCGCGUCUAAAGUUGCUGCUCAUUGUCGCUUUCUUGUCUCUUCACGUGCUCAAUCUUUGCACCACUCUUACUCCAGCAACCGCGCUCAAGCGUCACACCUACUUUUCGCACAUCCAACGCACUGCUCAGCAGCCUCCUUCUCGUGUCGAUCUUUCGUCUCCGAUUAUUGCUGCUGCGCUCAACCAAAUUGUCAACGAUGCUGGUGGAGAGGCUCUUCUCGUUCGUGCCGGCCCUCCCGUUCAUGUCAAGGUUAUCUCUCCUCUCGCAUCCAAGAAGCUCAACGCCAGCGCCAAGGAUGUCCACUUUGAUACCUCUGUUCAUUCCCAAGGUCGCUUUGAUUCGUUCAUGUCUGAAUGGUCCACUCUUGUCGGUGAUCCGAUUCUGAGCAAAUGGAUUGUACUCGCACUCGCAGUCUCCGUUUUCCUGAACGGCUAUCUCCUCAAGGGUAUUGGUAGCGGUGCGACGAGCCAUGGGUUCCCUAUCAAGGCUCCUGGCGUUGUUACAUUUGCUGGUGCCGUCGAUUAUGCUGCCAAGGAAGAAGAUGGGAAGAAAGAGGAACACAAGCCUCUUGCUAACGGACACGGCACUGGUGCUUUGCAAGUCGAUACUGGUUCUGAUAUCCCCCCUCCUGCUCCUGAACCCUCUCCUUCCCCUGAACCCCCCGCCACUCGUGAGCGCGAAGAAAUUGCUAUCAAUACUCCCCUUGGUACUCCGAGCGGUGACAAGGCUUCGAUCGGCCGAAGGGAGUAUGACGAGGUUCUCAAGGUCUUCGAGGCCGACGGUCCCUCUACGUUGACUGAUGAGGAAGUCAUUUUGCUCGGUCAACGUGGAAAGAUCGCCCCUUAUGCUUUGGAGAAGGUUUUGAGCGAUUUUGAGCGUGCGGUUAGGAUUCGUCGUGCAUUGAUUUCUCGUGCUUCUGCAACCAAGACUCUUGAAGCUUCGGCGCUGCCUAUGAAGAACUAUGACUAUGCUCGUGUUCAGGGUGCCUGCUGCGAAAAUGUCGUCGGUUACAUGCCUAUCCCUCUUGGUAUUGCUGGACCAUUGAUCAUCGACGGCGAGUCGUAUCCUAUUCCUAUGGCUACUGCCGAGGGUACCUUGGUUGCCUCGACCUCGCGCGGAUGCAAGGCUUUGAACGCCGGGGGAGGAGUUACCACCGUCUUGACCCAGGAUGCUAUGACCCGUGGACCCGCUAUCGAGUUCCCCAGUGUUACCCUCGCGGCCCAAGCAAGCGAUGGGUCGAUUCUCCAAAAGCUCAAGACCACGAUCGCCGGCCGCACUCUCUAUGUCCGCUUUGCUACGUCGACUGGUGAUGCCAUGGGCAUGAACAUGAUUUCCAAGGGCACGGAAAGGGCACUCGAGACUAUGAGCGAGUACUUCCCCGAGAUGAGCGUCCUCGCGCUCAGCGGUAACUACUGCACGGACAAGAAGCCGGCUGCUAUCAACUGGAUCGAGGGGCGUGGCAAGUCGGUCGUUGCUGAGGCUGUUAUACCCGGCAAGGUCGUCAAGUCGGUGCUCAAGACUACGGUCGCGGACUUGGUCAACUUGAACAUCAAGAAGAACUUGAUCGGGAGCGCGAUGGCUGGCUCGAUCGGAGGUUUCAAUGCCCAUGCUGCCAAUAUCCUCACUGCCAUGUUUUUGGCGACUGGCCAGGACCCUGCGCAAAACGUUGAGAGUUCGAAUUGUAUAACUUUGAUGGAAGCGAUUAAUGGCGGUGAAGACUUGCUCAUGACCUGCUCUAUGCCCUCUAUCGAAUGCGGUACCGUCGGCGGUGGAACUAUCCUCGAACCCCAGGGCGCGAUGCUUGAUAUGCUCGGUCUCAGAGGUGCACACCCUACAUCUCCCGGACACAAUGCACGCCGCCUCGCACGUGUCAUCUGCGCAGCCGUCAUGGCCGGCGAGUUGAGUCUUAUGAGCGCGUUGGCGGCUGGUCACUUGAUCAAGGCGCACAUGGCGCACAAUCGUUCUGCCCCGGCUACUCCUCUGGCCAGCCGACCGAUGACCCCGAUGUUCGCCCCUCUCACUACGCCACCAGCCCGAAGUGGGAGUGUAUCGAAUGGGAGCUUGCCGAAUGGGAAUGUGAUCCCUGGGAGAGAUGGAGGCGGCUUGGGGUGCAGGGAUCCGUACCAACGACCACCAACGACCAUGGCGAGCGCAAUCAAGCCGUUGAUGCCCCAUCUGACCGACGAUGAUAUGGUCAAGGCCAUUCGUAGGCCUUCGUUCCAUCAUUCGCCGGGGAACAGCCGUCGAGGCUCUGGUAGUCUGAUGACGCCGUCUGGAAUGACUCUUGCGUACCACACUCGUACGCAAGAUGGAAAUGAACUCCCCCAUGCGACAAAGAAGACGAUGACGGACCAUCUGCGCAAGUACGAGAGUCUGUUCACCCUUACCCCUCAGCGUAUGCGCAUGAUCGUCGAUUCGUUCGACGAGACACUUGAAAAGGGACUGGCCGAGUACGACCAGGUUGUGCCCAUGAUCCCCGCAUUCGUAUUUGGGUGGCCCCAUGGCCAGGAAAGCGGCGACUACCUCGCGGUCGAUCUGGGAGGAACCAAUCUCCGUGUCUGUCUCGUCACGCUCCUUACCAACGGCAAAUUCGAAAUCACACAGACCAAGUAUCGUUUGACUGAAGAACAAAAGCAGGAGGACGGCGAGAAGCUAUUUGAUUUCUGUGCCGAGUGUCUCAAGACGUUUAUUCAGUCUCACCUAGGAGAAGGUCUUCAGCUUGGGCCGGAUGGCGCACUCCCACUCGGGUUUACUUUCAGCUAUCCGUGUGCCCAGGAUAGGAUUGAUCAUGGCAAGCUUAUUCGCUGGACCAAGGGCUUUGGUGCACCCAACACCGAAGGACGAGACGUUGCCGAGAUGUUCAGAAAGUCCUUGGAAAAGGCUCAGGUGCCGAUCAAGAUGACUGCCCUCAUCAACGAUACGACCGGUACACUCAUCGCCUCGAGCUAUGUUAACCCCCGCACCAAGAUCGCGGUCAUUUUGGGCACGGGGUGUAACGCUGCCUAUAUGGAAAAGAUUUCGAAUAUUCCCAAGAUCAAGCAUCUUGGUCUUCCGGAUGAUGAGUUGAUGGCUAUCAAUUGCGAAUGGGGUGCAUUUGAUUCAUUCGAGCACCAACAUUUGCCUCGAACUAAAUACGAUGUUAUUGUCGACGAAACUAGCAACAAACCAGGAGAACAAGCUUUCGAGAAACUCAUCUCUGGUCGGUAUCUCGGGGAAAUUCUGCGUCUCAUUGUUUGCGAACUCAUCGAUGAGGGUGUUUUAUUCCUGGGUCAAAAUACGUACAAAAUCGAAAAGGCCUAUUCUUUCGAUACUGCCUUCCUAUCCCUUAUGGAGUCCGAUCCCACCGAUGAGCUUUUAACGAUUGUCGGGAUCUUUACGCACUUCUAUGGAAUUGAGACUACUUUGGCGGAGAGGCAAUUCUUCAGGGCACUGGCGAAGCUUGUCGGUCGUAGGGCUGCAAGGCUGAGCGCAUGCGGCAUCGCUGCCCUUGUCACCAAGGGAGGUUAUCUGGAUGAGGGAUGCUCUGUCGCCGCGGAUGGUAGUUUGUAUAGCAAAUACCCAGGAUUCGCCGACAGAGUCCACGAGGCUCUGAUAGACAUUUUUGGAGACAAGGGCAAAAACAUUGUCACCCACCAUGCCGAAGAUGGAUCCGGCAUGGGUGCCGCUUUGAUUGCUGCUAUGACUGCUGAGCGUCGUUCCAAGCAACUGUACAACAAUUGUUAG